GGAACGAAAAACAAAAAGACAACAGAGAAGGCCAAUGAUUGGAGCUCUUUUCUACUCUGAAAAAUCAGUUCUUGGUUACUGAGAAUCAAUUAGAUUAUCAUUUUCAGAAAAAAAAGUUUAGGUCUUUCUUGCACUGCUGCUGCUUUUUGGCUAUAUGGGAUUCAGCUGAGUUCAACGUUUUUUUCUCUUUCCGUGAUUGAUUUAUAUUCAUGGACAGUUUUGCUGAAUUUUUGCUGGAUUGCAUGUGCCAAUUUUCUUGACUGAUACUCCUGGUUUGGUUGAUUUUUUGUGAUAUUGAGUGAUAAGUGGUGAGUAAAUUUGGAGAAAGAUUUUAAAGGUUCUUGUGGAAAUUUUUGGAGUGGGGCUUGGUUGGUUGGGUAGUGAGGAGAUGAGGAAGGGAGAUAGUCUGCUCUUACCAACUGUGGGACCGCCAAUAAAGCGGCGAGCAGGGUUGAGAAGGAAACAAGCUGGCAGAGGAUCUUACAGGGGGAGCUAGGGUUUAGGCAAGGAGAAGUUUGGGUUUUGUGUUCUGGAUUUUUGUAUUGCUUGGUUCAUUUGCGAGAGAGCUUUAGGGUUGGUUCUUGAGAGAGAGAAGGGGGAGGGGGGACGGGCCAGGUGUCUUAGGAAUUUUGCUUGAAUUGGAUAAAGAGAUGGGGAGCAAAUUGCAUCGAGCACUCAGGUGUCUGUGUUCAAAUACUGGGUGGAACUAUGCUGUUUUCUGGAAGCUCAACCAUCGAGCACGAAUGAUGCUGACUUGGGAGGAUGCCUACUACGAUGGUGAAGAUUACCCCAGGAAAAUGUGUCCAAGUAACUUUGUAGGUAACUUGCAGGAUAGGCAUUGUUCACAUGAUCCUCUUCAGAUAGCUUUGGCAAAGAUGUCUUACCAUGUCUAUUUCCUGGGGGAAGGGAUUGUAGGGCAGGUUGCUGUUACGGGUAAGCAUCUAUGGGUUUCUUCUGAUCAACAUGUAGCCCAUCCUAGUUCCCCAUAUGAGCACUGUGAUGGAUGGCAAACUCAGUUUUCAGCUGGAAUCAAGACCAUUGCUGUUGUUGCUGUUGUUCCCCAUGGAGUUGUACAGCUUGGCUCUUUAGAUAAAGUGCAGAUUGUUGAAGACCUGACAACAGUCAACCAUGUAAGAAAUGUCUUUUUUGAGCUCCAAGGUUCAUUGGCAGAUCACACUCCUUAUGCAAUAUCCAGCAGCAUGGGGAGUUCCUGUCAGUCAGAUAUAACAACGACAACUUUGAGCUCAGGGAUACAUCAUGAUUGCUUACAGCAGCUAGAUACGAGUUUUGACAAAGAUGGGAUAAAAUCUUGGUGUUCUGGAUAUUCAUCCAAUGAAAAAGAUGGUUAUUAUCCUUGUAACCUAUUAAUGCCUGGAGUCUAUCAAAAUAAAAUGGUUGAAAUGGUUAAUAAACAUGAAGGACCAGAAAACUCAGUACCAGAGUUUGAUGUAGGUGAAGGUUUGCGAAUACCAAUUUCUGGAGAUGCCUGUGUGGAGCAGCUGAACCUUGAAAACUUGAGAGCAACUGGUGACAUCAACCAUGAUUUGCAAAGCAGCGGGUUUGGUGAUUUGGCUCAGAGUUCAGAAAAAAGAGUUACUUUACAUACCAAUAACUUUUCUGGCAAAAAUAGUCUAUGUAAUGUUGUUCCCUCUGCUGAGGAUUCGGUCAAGGAGAUGGCAUAUCUUCCUUCAGAAACCUUGGACUCCAAAGCUUGUAGUGAUGAAAGAGGGAUGUCUUGGUUCGACAAUAUUCAAUAUGCUGACAUGCCUAAAGAUUGUACAAAUAGAAUGGACAUGCCUUUCAGGUUUUGUGGUGGCUACGAGCUUUAUGAAGCAUUGGGACCUGCUUUUCAGGAACAGCACUGCCAUUUCGAAUGGGACGCAGAAAAAAUUGAAUUUGGCAUGUCCAUCGAGAUGUCAGAGGUGACGGGAAAUAGCAGCCUGGUAAGUGCAAACUCUGGCACAGAGCAUCUUCUGGAUGCAGUGGUUGCAAAUAUUCAAAAGAUUGAGAGCAGCAAAAAUGAGAAGCCAUGCGUUAAGUCUGAGCUACUUUUGAAUCCUGAAAAUAUGUCAGAACCUUGUAUGAGUGACAUGGGCUCUAUAAGUUCAGCAGGUUAUUCUUUCAGUCGGGAUGCACUAAACAGUUUCAACUCCUCGGUUGCAAGUGGUGUUCACUAUUCUAAAGGCAUUUCAUCAACUAGCUGCAGUAGAGGUAGUGAUACUUUGGAGAGGCCACAAGAAUCCACUAAGAUACAGAAGAAGAGGGCCAGGCCUGGUGAGAGUUGCAGACCUAGGCCAAGGGAUCGACAAUUGAUUCAAGAUCGAAUCAAGGAGUUGCGAGAGCUUGUACCUAAUGGAUCUAAGUGCAGUAUUGAUUCACUUCUGGAGCGAACUAUCAAGCACAUGAUUUUCAUGCAAAGCAUCACCAAGCAUGCAGAAAAGCUUAAUAAGUGCACUGGAUCAAAGUUGAUGGAAAAUGAACCAAGAAUUGGAAGAUCAUCCAGCCAUGAGCAGGGUUCAAGCUGGGCAGUGGAAGUGGGAAGCAACCUCAAAGUUUGCCCAAUAAUCGUGGAAAAUUUGAACAUGAGUGGCCAAAUGCUAAUAGAGAUGCUCUGUGAUGAAUGUUGCCAUUUUCUUGAGAUAGGAGAAGCCAUUUGUAGCAUGGGACUUAUAGUUCUGAAAGGUGUUACGGAAACCUACGGUGAGAAAACAUGGAUGCGUUUUGUUGUUGAGGGGCAGAACAACAGAAACCUGCAUCGGAUGGACAUCCUUUGGUCACUUAUGCAGUUAUUGCAACCCAAGACAGAGAUUUCAGAUGGUAAACUCUAGGUGAUACACCAUUGCAAGGACCUGGUGGACAGAUCAGUGUCAGAAAUUCCGUAUUUAACUAUUUUCUGCUGCUCCUCACAGUAGUAGGGAUGUUCUCAAACAGGAGAAUAGCUUCCUGGUGAUUGGAUAUUUGAUUGUGUGGAGAUGAUACCUUGUUCUUUCCUUUUCAUUCACGAUGUUGUUAAUUUGUGUGUCUAGGAUGGUGUGAUUCCCUGUAUUGCGCUCGAAUUGACCAGUUCUUGGUUUUUGAUUUCCUUUGUUAGUGGCUUUGUGGAAUUGGAAAAAGUACAAAUCAGCGUCAUGGUGAGAAUCAAAAGUUUACUUGUGGUCA